CUCAAGGGUGAGCCCUGAGAAUGGCAUUUGAUGUCGCGUAUCCUGGCCAAUGAUGCUUGUGAUGGGCGUCGAAUGAAGGUCGUCGUGGUACUCCGAUCUAGUGCUAGCGCUGCCAAGAGUUCGAGAUGAAAGCGGUGAGCGCGGUGGACCGCGGCAGAAAUUAAUUUGUAGGAAGUUGCGGCGAACACCAACACAUUUGCGCAACACUCGUUUUCGACCUCAACGAUUUCUCCGUGGUGCGGAUCCUCGGUCUCCAGCAUAAAUUCCGACUUGAAACACGAUAGUUGCAUUCUACGGCCACCAAUAUGGCCACCGAGCGAGGGUCCAAGCCCAAAUCCACCGAAGUCCAGCGCAAAUCACAAAAAGGCGCGCCCAUAGACGAUGAAGAUGCCCGGGCAGUCGCGCUAUUUACAGAAGAGGCCACGAAGCAAUAUGGAAGGGGCGAUAGAAUCAGGCCAAAAUCUGUGAAGGAUAAGAAGCUGAGGUCAAAUCUGCGGUUACUGGAGAACAAGAACAAGCAGGCAGCGAUAGAGGCAAAGAAUGUUGAAAUUCUGCUGGAGAACAACGAAGGGUUGUUGGAGACAGAGCAUGAGCUGGAAAGGACAUACAAGGUUCGACAAGACGAGAUCAAGGCUGCAGUUGGGACAGAGACAGCAAAGAAGGGUUUCGAACUACGACUAGACGGACUAGGACCAUAUGAUGUGUGCGAGUACAGCAGAAAUGGACGCGAUCUGUUAAUCGCAGGGAGGAAAGGUCAUGUCGCGACUUUCGACUGGAGGGACGGAAAGUUGGGCUGCGAACUACAACUGAAUGAGACGGUACGGGACGCACGAUGGCUGCACGUUAGCAACCAGAAGAACUUUGCGGUUGCCCAGAAGAAGUGCGUGUACAUCUACGGCGGCGACGGCGUAGAGAUACAUCAGCUCAAGAACCACUCCGAAGCCACGCACCUCGAGUACCUACCCUACCACUUCCUCCUCUCCUCGAUAUCGACCGCCGGUAUUAUCAGAUACACAGACGUCUCGACCGGCCAGUCGCUGGGCGAGCUAUACACAAAACUCGGCCCGCCGACAGCAUUCGUACAAAAUCCACACAACGCCAUCUUACAUGUUGGACACCAAAAAGGCCUCGUCACAUUAUGGUCACCCAACAGCGCAUCCCCCCUCGUCAAACUCCUCCCCCACCACGGCCCCGUCCGCAGUCUUGCAGUCGACAAAUCCGGCACAUACAUGGUCAGCACAUCGCAAGACCGCCGCAUGUCUGUCUGGGACAUCCGCAUGUUCAAAGAAAUCCACACGCAUCACCUGCGCGUCCCGGGCACCUCGCUCUCCAUCUCCGACCGCAACCUGACAGCCGUCGGCUACGGCACGCAGGUCAACAUUUACAAGCCCGAGAUCUUCACACACAACCCUGACCUCGUUUUACCCACGCCGUACAUGGCCUGGGGCGGCGAGGGCAUCAGCACUGGCCGUGUGCGAUUCUGUCCGUUCGAGGAUAUCCUGGGUAUCGGACACGAGAAGGGCUUCACAUCCAUCAUCGUCCCCGGCUCUGGCGAGCCCAACCCCGACACGCUCGAGCAAGGCACAAACCCCUUCGAGACCAGCAAACAACGCCGCGAAACCGAAGUACACGCACUCCUCGAGAAGAUCCAACCCGAGAUGAUCGCCCUAGACCCGAACUUCGUCGGCAACCUGGACCUCACAUCUCACGAACAGCGCAUGAAGGAGCGCGACCUUGAUCACAAGGAGGAGGACAAGAUUGCUAAGUUGAAGAAGAGGGGUCGCGGCAGGAACAGUGCGCUGAGGAGGUACUUGAGGAAGAGUGGGAGUAAGAAUGUUAUCGAUGAGGAGAAGGAGAGGGCGAGGGAGAUUGUGGAGAGGAGGAAGGAGAGGAACGUUGAGAAGCAGAAGCAGCUUAAGAAGGCGUAUGGGCCCGCGCUUGAGCGGUUUGCUAAGAAGGGGGUUUAAGGGUGAGAGCCGAGGAGGGAACGAAAAGCAUGGUAGUGGGGCAUUUACACGGCGUUUUGUGAAAGGGUGAUUAGGUAGCAUAUACCCUCUGGUGGCUGGGAAGAAUGGAGCUCAUAUGUGUCAAUGAAACGAUCUCUUUGCGAACAUG